GUUAUUUUCAAACUUUGGUAGGACAGCCAGAUAAGUUAUAUGACAUUUUGUAAACCUGUACAUGACUAAACUGAUAAGACCUAUCUAUGAAACAAUUAUUGGUGUGUAAAUAGGCUAUCAACAUGCUGUUUAUUUUGUCCUUUCUCUUCAUAGGACUGUUUGCAACGGUAAAAGGAUAUCAAGCGACAACAUGUUACGAUGGAUGGCUUCCUUUUGAAGGAUCGUGCUAUUUAUUUGGGCAUCAAGCCGCUCAUUUCACGGAAGCCGAGCAUUUCUGUAGACAGCACAAAAACAGCCAUCUAAUACAUAUACAGAGUAAAGCAGAAAAUGAUUUCAUAAAAGACAGACUUCGGGAUUUCAAAAGUAAGAACUGGUGGCUCGGAUUGACAGACGAAUUCAUAGAAGGUACGUGGAAAUGGUUUGAUACAGACCAGACAACAAAUUUUACAGACUGGCACCCAGGGCAACCAGACGUUUAUCCCGAAGACUGUGCGGUUUAUUAUUACAAUUUUGACUUCGCUUGGGGAGAUUUGCCUUGCUCUAGUAAUAACUACCCUAUCUGCGAAAUCAGCGGAUUAAAUGAAGAAACAGAAAUCAUUGGCUAAACUGAUCCUGGAUUGUUUUCAGUGUUUCUUUAUAGUAUUUAAAGAAAUAAAAUUAUUGCCAAAAGCAAUUACUGUUA